CAGUAUAUAUAUCUCUAUCUUCUUUCAUGUAUUUUUAAAAAGAAAGAAUUCCACCCACAAACAUAACAUAAAAACCAUUCCAAUUUUUAGUUUUUUCAAUCAAAUACCAUUAUAACUAUAAUAAAUAAGUUAACUUACAGAUUUUGUGUUCUCAAAGAAAAUUGGAUCAGUUUCCAUGGAAUUUUGGAGGUCUAAAGAUCUGUUAUUUUAUCAAACGUAGGCUAAUGGAGAAUGUGAAAGACAAUGAAAUCGAUUUAGGGCUUGCUCUUGGUAUUGCAAUCCGACGUGUCGAGUCCUGUAGUAAUAAUGGUGCAGGUGCAAAUGCAAACUCGAGGUCCAGAAUAGGAAUAGAUACAAUCGUUGAAACACGUCCCUUAACUGAGUUAGUUUGGUCUAGGCACAAAGGUUUAAGCAUCAAAUGUGCUGGCUGCAACAGUUGUGUUGCUGACAUGAAGCCUUGUAUAUUAAGUCCAGCUGUGGUGGAGGUUUCACCAACUCAAGACCAUGAAAAACAUGUGAUUGAGAAUCACUCCGCAGAAGUAUGUCAUUCAGUCAAAUCCACUCUUGCCCCUCUUUUGGGAUCAAAUCUUUGUCACGCAGACGAAAAUGUUGGUGAAAUGAAAUGUGUCCCUUCCUUUAAAAUGGAGAAUUCUAAUAAGGGCAAGGAAAAGGUGUGUAUGAGCGGUUCUAAGAGCAUUCUAGUUGACAACAAUGUGGCUGGGACAAGUGGAGGUCCCAAAAACCGAAGAACUGCUGAUCUUUUACCACUAUUAGCUACUGAGCCUGAAAACAUUGGAUUGCCUUUGAAAGUGCAAGAUGUAAGAGAAAGUGCAUGUCCACUGUCCGAUUUACAAAAAGAAGGCAGCAGCUAUAGUGCCCCUACUGAGAAGAUUGAAGGAACUGCUGAAAAUGAUGUGAUUGUUAAAGAUGUUCUCUCGGAGAAUAGCAGAAGAUGUGUUGAAGAUUUAUCAAGAGAUGAAGAAGGGAGUAUGGAAAGUUGCAACAGUGCUAAUUUAAUGUCAAAAGGGAGCAAGAGAUUGAGGUUCGAACAACCGUUGAUUAUUGGAAGUAAAAGACUCAAGCAAAGCAGUCAACAAUAUCCGGUGGUCAAACAAGAUAGUUCUUUUAUGAACUGGAUUUCAAACAUGGUUAAAGGUAUAAGACCGUAUCAAGAAGAAGAGGGUCAUCCAACUGUUGACCAUGAUAAAACGUCGAACAUUGAGAACAAAAGAUUAGGAUUCCAAACAGUUUUUAAGUCUGCUAAUUCACAAGAUGCUAAAGGACUUGAACCAAAAACACAGAUAGAGAAUAAUAGCAAGGCUUCCAAAGAAAUCAUCUUGUUUGGAAAAACACCUGUAGAUGAUCACUUGAACCAAAAAACCUUUAGAAACUUGUGGAUAACUCGCCUUUCUCCAAAACCGGCUUCCACUGCCUUAACUUCAAAUAACAGCUUAGAGCUGAAAGCCACCCAUGAUGCUUCUGUUGGCUCCAAACAGUUCAUGAAACCUGUAGUAUUAACUUCUGUGUACGAUACAGAUGUUGUCAAAGACGCCAGGCCUAUCACAACUCACUCUAAUAUAACUUGUGCUGUCUGUGGCAAAAUGGGUCACGAGUUACGUGAUUGUUUACAGACAGAUGAGAAUACUAAUGUUUUCUUCAAGAAGAAGGUAUCAAGAUUAAAUGAAGUUCCAAAACAAAUUUCUCAAAGUUCUGAAAAUAACAAGUUGUUGAAAGAAGAUAAGAUCCUCAGAAUACCAAAAGGGAUGUUUGAUACCAUUCGAAGGCUUAGAUUAUCUCGAACAGAUAUUCUCAAAUGGAUGAAUUCCCGUUUACCAAUCGCAAACUUAGACGGAUAUUUUCUACGGUUGAGGCUUUCAAAAUGGGAAGAGAAAGUAGGGGAAGCAGGGUACUAUGUUGCUUGCAUUAUAGAUGAAAACCCGUCAAAAGGGACUAAGAAGCCAAUCCGGGUCAGUGUUGGAGGGGUCCAAUGCCUAGUUGAAAGCCGAUACAUCUCUAACUGUGAUUUUCUUGAGGAUGAACUCGUAGCAUGGUGGCAGACAACAAAGACAAACGGACGAGGUAUGAUGGAAGAAAACUUGACCUCGAAGCUGGAGGAGAGGAAGAAAUUGGGGUUUUAGUUUAUCAUGAAUACAAUUUAUGUAAAAAAGUUUUUAAGUAAUAAUCCGUCUUUUUCAUUUGGCAUGUAAACUUUCCUGUUUCUCUACAACAUUCAUCAUAAUUGUAAAAUCAAGUAGAGUCAAUUUUCAAA